AUGAAGUUCUACAUCCUCCUUCUUCUGACGAUUUCAAGCGCGAGUUUGAGAGCCCAGGACCAAUAUCAAGACCAUGAAUAUGUGCCGGAGCAACACGAUCUUGUAAGAGAUUUCGGCGAACUUAUCGCUCACAGCCUUCUGAGACACGAUGAUCCUCUUGAUGGAAAUGAUGAACUUUCGUUGAUCAAAGUUCAACAAUUCGAAAAUUACUUCAAAUCGUUGGCCGCGAGCAAAGGAAUUGAAAAGGCUACCGAAACUUAUUUGGUUGACGGAUUUACGGCUGAAAGAGUUGGCGGAGAUGUUUUGGAUGCUCGUGAGUUUUUUCGCGCUUUUUUUUCUUUUUUUUUUCGGUAAAUUUUUGCUGGUAGAUCAAUUUUUGAAACUUUCUUCAUACCAUUGCUCAUAUUAAAAAUUAUCUCUAACAUGAGCAAUGGAUUCACAAAAUUCCCGGUAAAUGUUUUGCUGGUAGAUCAAAUUUUUGAAAAUUUCUUCAUGCCAUUGCUUAUAUUAAAAAUUCUCAGAGGAUUUCAAUUACUUCUAACCUGAGCAAUGCUAUUUUAACUCUCAAAACCCAUGUUUUGCAGGCCGCUACACCGAUUUCUUGCGCGGCCAAAACCUCGACGAAUAUUUUGCCAAUCCCAGACACGCUCACUACGAAUCCAACCACGAUUUACACGUGAACCACGCCGAAAAAGGCACACACGAUGUGUACAAAUUCUAUUUGACAGAGGACAAAAGUGUGGGCGGACACUACAAGCUGAAAAAGAUCACCAUCAAUAAUGUGCCGCAUCGUCGUCGCCUGCGAGCUGUUACAGACAAUUCGCGACUUGCGACUCUUAAUUUGGAAGCCGCGAUUGUUGACAUCGCUGGAAGUGAUCUAUUGAAUGCUAGGAAAUAUUUCACCAAUGAUUUUCGAUUUGUUGCUGGAGCUGGAAAAGUUUUGGAAACUGGUGGGUUGAAAUUUUAAAAAUUUGGGGCCAAUUUUGAUUAGUUGAGAGCCUCAAAUUAGCCUAAAUAACCUGAAUUUUUUGCAGUACCAUUCUUGACCAAAAUCGUGCACCCAGUCGGCGUGGCCAAAUAUUUCCACGCUCCAAUUUCCACCCGAUUCGACGCCAACAACACCCUCAUCUUCGUUCUUGAACAGGAUCAUCAGCGCUUCGAAUUCCGCGCUAUCCGCGCACCAGAAGUGCAAGGCGCCUAUCGAAUUCAAUCGGCCGGAAAAUUGGCGGCGAAACGACGCGGUGGAAAAAAACAUCGGUGGUCGAGCAGCAGCAGCAGCGCAAGUCUCAGUGUAAUGCAUGAGACAAGUGAUUAUGUUGAAGCAUAA